CUUCUUAGUUUCAACAUCAUGUGUCUUCGUUUUUUUACUUCUCUUCACCAUUUUCAAACAUGGGUCAUGGGUCGUGGGGUUGUCUUUUUUCAAAACUAAAACACAAAUUUUGAAACCCCAAAUGCUAUAAAUGUGGGUAUGGUGCAGAGCUUUGUCAGAGUAUUACAAGGGAUGUGAAUAUGUGCCCUGUUUGGUUGCUGAGAAAUGUAGGAACAGAAAAAGAAAAAACAAAUUUGAACAUUUGUUUCACAUCAUGGGUGAUGAAUUUUCUUGCUCUGUUUAUCAUUUGUUUCAAUGAGCUAAUGGGUUUGUCUUUUUGCAAAAUUCAAAUCCAAACUUGCAACCCGGACUGCAUUAAAUAGAUGAAUUCUUUCCGGAUUUGUUCAUUUUAGUGGGAAAAAAAGUUUGUUCUUUUCAAAUUUUGAGUUCUGCUUUGUUUGGUUGAGGAAUUCAGGAAAGGAAGAGAAACUACUUUUUUGAAACUUGGUUUCUAGCUCCAUUCAUCAUUUCCAUACUACGCUUUAUUCAUCAUUUCUACCUCCACAUCAUGGGAAAUUAUCUUUCUAGCUCCAUUCAUCAUUUCCAUACUACGCUUUAUUUUUAGAAAUUCAAACAAGAAUCUUGGAACCCCAGCUCCAAAAUAGUAGAUAUAUUUAUAUUCCUUUUUUUUAGUUACUGGUAUUAUACACUUAUAGAUUAAGUUUGUGAUUGGAUUCUUGCAGAAAACUGUAAAAAAAAGAAACACAACGACAACUUUAGACCCUGGAUUUUCAUUGUUUGGGGACUGAGAAAACGAAAAAAAAACCGCACCCAGUUGCUUCAAUUAAGCUAUCGACCUUUGUUGGGUUGAGUCUGUUCUAUAAUAAUCCAAAAUAAUGUGAAACACGAGGUUCACCUUUUUCUUUUCUUUUGUUUUCUUGCCUUAUCAUAAAUAGAAAAGAAGAUUGCUCUCUCUCUCUUUUUUUUUUUUUAAUUAAAUUUCUACUCUUGGUUUUUUUAGAUCAGUGCUUGGUUUGUACGUCUGGUGAUAGAUAAUAUCAUCCAGUUAAUGAGGGUUUGAAUGCCUGAGACAAGCACUUCGCAUUAAUCUAUUAUAUUGCCUUAGUUCUUAAUGCAUCGGAGAACAUGAUAUUUUUGGUUAAAUCUAUUUGUCCCACCUUUGAUUAAUUGGUCUUUGCUAGAUUUUUUUCAGGGAAUGCCAGAGGUUAGAGUAGUGCACCAUCAAGAUGUGAACAAGAGAAUCCUUAUAGCACUUGUUGUUGCUUCCACACUUCUUGGUGGAAUUUUGCUAUUUCUAUCUUGUUUCUGGAUCCAGAGGCAAAGAAAUUUGAGGAAUUCGGGUCGGAAAAGCCAACAAAACUUGGAUGCUGCUAAAGGGCUUUCGUUAGGUCCAAUCUUGGGUAAAUUCAAUUCUUUAAGGGCCAAUGGUAAGAAGGAUUCGGUAACUGUGAUUGAAUAUCAUCUGCUAGUGGCUGCAACCAACAAUUUCAGUGAAAGUAAUGUUUUGGGGGAGGGUGGCUCUGGUCGGGUUUACAAAGCUCGUUUCAAUGAAAACUUCCUUGCAGCUGUGAAAAGACUAGAUCGUGGUGGGCAAGAUGGUGAAAGAGAAUUUGAGAAUGAGGUUGAUUGGUUGAGUAAAAUUCAGCAUCAGAAUAUAGUUUCCCUUUUGGGCUGCUGCAUUCAUGGUGAAACUCGGUUUCUUGUUUAUGAAAUGAUGCAGAAUGGGUCUUUGGAAGCCCAAUUACAUGGGCCUUCUCAUGGAUCAACUUUAACUUGGCAUCUCCGGAUGAAAAUUGCUGUUGAUGUUGCAAGAGGAUUAGAGCAUCUUCAUGAGCACUGCAACCCUCCUGUCAUCCAUAGAGAUCUAAAAUCAUCCAAUAUACUUUUGGAUUCCGACUUCAAUGCCAAGCUUUCUGAUUUUGGCCUCGCCAUAACUUCUGGGACCCAGAACAAGAACAAUCUAAAGCUUUCAGGGACGGUGGGUUAUGUGGCCCCGGAAUAUCUCUUAGAUGGAAAACUAACCGAUAAAAGUGAUGUUUAUGCCUUUGGAGUUAUCCUUUUGGAGCUUCUGAUGGGAAGAAAACCAGUGGAAAAGAUGGCAUCAGCUGAAUGCCAGUCAAUUGUCACAUGGGCAAUGCCUCAGCUCACUGACAGAUCAAAGCUUCCAAACAUUGUGGAUCCCAUUGUCAGAGAUACAAUGGAUAUGAAGCACUUAUAUCAAGUAGCUGCUGUAGCAGUACUAUGUGUUCAACCAGAGCCAAGUUACAGGCCAUUGAUAACAGAUGUACUGCACUCCCUUAUCCCUCUUUUACCCGUUGAGCUUGGAGGAUCACUAAGAAUUACAGAACCUUUGCCCCCCGUCUGCCCCGAGCCUUCUUCUCAUUGAUUGAUCACAUGCAGAGGCUUACAUACAGUGGGAAGCUGCAUCUUGUGUGUUGUCCAUUGUCCAAAAUCCAUCAGAGUUCUAUUUUCUAGCGUUUUUUUUGUCGUUAUUUCUCUUAUGAUCUUUUUCUUCCAUAACUCAUAACCAGGGAAGUAAUGGCAUGACGGGAUGGAUUACAGUUGUAAAUUGAGUCAAAAAUAGACUAUGAUUGUUUCAUAGUAUUCUAAAAACUCCAGUUUUCAGAUUA